UGAGCGCGUCCAGUACGCGACUCGACGACCUCAUCUCCGCUCGUAUCAAUCUUCGAUCUGCAGCGCUGCUCAGCGGCACAAUAGGAUACUAGGAUGGACUUCACCGCCAUCCAGGAGAAUGCCUCACGGCUGGGCAUGCGCAUACAAGAGACGCUGUCGGAGCACACCCGCGACCUCACGCUUGUCCGCGGCGCGGGGUACCUCGAUGGUGCCGAGGACACACGCAACAUUCGGAAGCAACUGGACUCGAAUAGUGAUCGUGACAAGCUCGAUGCCAUGAAGCGCCUGGUCGCGCUCAUCUCCAAGGGUCGCAACGUCUCCGAGUACUUCGCUCAGGUCGUCAAGAACGUCGCUUCACACAACCUCGAAGUGCGCAAGCUCGUGUACAUCUACCUCCUGCGCUACGCCGAGGCGGAGCCCGACCUCGCCCUCCUCUCGAUCAACACCUUCCAGCGCGACCUCGCCGAUGGUAGCCCUCUCAUCCGCGCCAUGGCGCUGCGCGUGCUCAGCGGCAUACGCGUACCCAUGAUCGGCAGCCUCGUCGUGCUCGCGAUCAAGAAGUGCGCCGCGGACGUGAGCCCGUAUGUGCGCAAAGCUGCCGCGCUCGCGAUCCCCAAGUGCUUCGAACUCGAUACCACCCACCAACCGGCGCUUAUAUCCAUCAUCGGCACCAUGCUCGGUGACCGAUCGCCCCUCUCCAUCGGCUGCGUCGCCGUCGCCUUCCAAGCCGUAUGCCCCACCCGCCUCGACCUCCUCCACAGACAUUACCGGCGACUAUGCCGUGUCCUCGUAGAUGUCGAUGAAUGGGGGCAGGUCGACAUCAUGAACCUGCUCCUCCGGUACGCCCGGACGAUGCUCCCCCGACCCAUAGUCACAGCAGAUGGGGAAGAUGUAGACAAGGAUUUGCGACUACUGCUCUCGUCCUGCGAACCGUUAUUCCAGAGUCAGAAUCCUGCGGUCGUCAUGGCUGCGACUCGCGUGUUCUACUACGCAGGCACUGCAUCCUACCACGGGAAGAUAGUCCAGCCGCUCAUACGCCUGCUCGCCAUGUCGAAGGAGGUCGAGCGGGUCACCAUUACUCACAUCCUGCUCCUCUCGGAAUCGUUGCCGCACCUCUUCUCCCCCCAUCACGUUCGCUUCCUCAUACGCUCAACCGACGCGCGACCGGUCAAGCUCGACAAGAUCAGGCUGCUGCUGAACAUCAUAAACCCGGAUAACUAUCAGGCGAUCCUUCGCGAGUUCAUUGACUAUGCCGAUGAUACCGACGAUGAGGUUGUGUUCGCUGCUAUCAGGGCAGUUGGUCGCUGUGCCGCGCUCGCGCCUGAAAGCUCGCAGCAGUGCCUCAACGCGCUAACUGGAAUGAUCAGGAGUAGACAAGAAGCUGUUGUCAGCGGAGCUGUUCUCGUUCUCAAGCAGCUUGUGCAAACGCAGCUGAGCACCGGCGUCGCGUUCGGCCAGAAGUCGCCUCUCGAGAUCAUCGCACAACUUGCAAGACGGGUGGACGACAUCAGACACGCGCAGGCGCGAGCUUGUGUGCUUUGGCUCGUGGGGCAGUACGGAGCGCCCGACGGGGAGUCCGUGGCCGAGUGGGCCCCGGACGUGCUAAGAAAGGCGGCGAAGUCGUUCAUGACUGAGGACCCCCUCGUCAAGCUCCAAAUCAUCACCCUCGCCGCCAAGCUCUUCGCCGUCCAGCCCGGCGACCGCACCCUCGGUCUGCUGGCCGCCUACGUCUUCGCCCUCGCGCGCUACGACGCGAACUACGACGUGCGCGACCGCGGGCGCAUGAUGGCCGCGCUGCUCGCCGGUGUCGCGCCUGCUUCCCUGAUGGCGGACGCCGAGAAACCCGAGCGCGCGGGCGUCGUGCUGAGGCGGGAGCAGGUUAAGAUGGUGCUAUUCCAGGGCAAGGGUAGCGUGGUGCCGGAUGAGCCGUCGCCGUUUGAGAAAGCGACCUCACUGGGCACACUCGGCGUGAUCACGGGCAAGCCCGCCCUCGACAGCCUCCUGCCAGACUGGCUAGAGCAAGGCGUAGAGAGCGUGAUCCGGGACAACGAGGAUGAGCAGCCCGUCGCCGUCGCCCCCACCGCAAUCUCUUCUGCGCAAGUGAGGUCCUCGAGGGGCGCGACCCCCGUCGUGCUCACGCCAACGAGCUCAUCACCCGCGCCUACGGGUGCCAGUCGGGCGCCGUACACGGAUCUGGACGCGUUCUACGCGAGCGAGGAAGAGGAAGAGGAGGAAGGCGAGGAAGAAGGAGAUGGAGAGGAAAGCGAAGAAGGCGAAGAGGGCUCAGACGACGGAAGCGAGGAUGGCGAGUCUGAACCAGGAGAGAGCGGGAGUGAGGAAGAGGAAGAGUCGGAGGGCGAGGCGAGUGAAAAAUCCGCCACUCGGGACUUUUACGCGGGAACAUGACCAUUUUUUGCUGGAGGGCCAUGACACUAAUUGCAUACUGUACAUUACACCUUUGCGGCCAUCAUGGGUUUUUAUCCCGAAGACCCUCUGCAUCAUGAGCUCGGAGGAUAGGGGCGUGCGAAAUCUUGUGUGCUUGAAGUUGUUUGUUCUGUCGGCAAAUCCCGGUGUCUUUCUUGCUCUCAAC